GAGGGAGCGCAGGAAAUUAAGAUAUUCUCGCUGUUCUGAGGAAAGGCCAUCGACCUGAAGCUUUGACUCUUCACGUAUGCAACAUUUUCUGUUUCGGAUUUCCAGCGUUGGUAGCUUUUUUUUCUCUAUCGUAAGAUGUUCUCGCUGCUUGUUGUAGUCCUACUCACAGCUGAGAGCAGGUCCGGUCAGUCCAGAGCCCUCUGGCAGUUCUACGGGAUGCUUCUGUGCAGUAUUCCGGACAGCUACCCGCUGCUGCAGUUCAGCAAUUACGGCUGUUACUGUGGAUUCGGGGGAUCUGGAACCCCGGUGGAUGAACUGGACAAGUGCUGUCAAACCCACGACAACUGUUAAUGUGAUGCCCUGAAACUAAAGGUGUGCUGGCCAAUCUUUGACAAUCCUUACACCAAGAGCUACAGUUAUACCUGUUCCGAGAACACUAUUACCUGCACCAGUGAAAAUAAUCCCUAUGAGAUCUUUAUUUGUGAAUGUGAUCGUGCAGCAGUCAUCUGCUUCUCCAUAGCAAAAUACAAUGAUCAGUGUAGGAAUUUGGACCAAUCUCACUAUUGUAAAUAGGAUAUGAAUGUACUGUUGUAUCUAUGUGUUAGCUUGAAGUAUGAAAUAUAUAUUCCUUCUAUAUUGUGUCUAAUCUGUUUACUUGAAACUCUCUAAACAUCUUUGAUCCCCUUAUUCACCCUGUAAUACAACCUGUAAUCUCAUUUAAAUCCAAAAACCACAUGUCCUGUGCUCAUGGUUUAUAGGCCGAUAUUGUGAUUACAUCCAGCAGUAUCUGUGCCUCUCGACAUUCUGAGCACCUAGAUCACAUUCCCUUCAAUCUUCUUUUCAAUGAAGCAAGUUCCGUUUUGUGAUUCUUUCCUCAUAAUGUUAGAAACUUAAAUCUGGGAUCAUUCAUGUCAAUUUUCUUAAAUCCUCUCCAAAACCUGAAUUUGCCAUCAUCUUGUGCUUUCUAUUGAUCAGCCUGUUUAAACCAUGCUAACAAGUGCGCCAUUCAUCUACAAGCCUCAGCUUUCUUCUCACAUGUGGAAUUUUAGUAAGUGUCUUGUUCUUGUAACGCCAUUGGAUAGAUGUCAUCAUAAGUUUAGUUAGAUCUUCAUGGAAUUUCUUCUCAUUAAUACAGUGAUUUAUUGUAUAAACCGUGUGUUGACUACUCUCAGUGGCUAUUGUUAAUAAUGCU